GCAAAGCCCGCGCACGCGUCCCCAAACGGCUACUCGAACGACUCGGCUCCGGGGCUCCUCGGCCUUGCUCGGUUUUGCUUCCACCGUCGCGAACCCCGCCGCGCCAUGCCGCCGAAGCGCGCGUGCCGCCUCGCGCUGCUGGCCGCGGCGGCGGCGUACCUGCUCUUCCUCCUCCUCUUCGAGCUCCCCUCCUUCGCCCUCUCCACCGCGCCGCCCCGCCACGCCAACGCCGCCACGCACCGCGCCCGCCGCCGCGAGCUCGAGGCGGCGGCCUCCGCGCUGCCUUCAUCCUCCCCGCUCCGCCCACACAAGGCCGCCUUCCCCCGCCGCGCCCCGCUCGCCGUCUCCUCCGUCCGCUUCCACCGCCCCAGCUCCUCCUCCUCCUCCUCCUCCAUCGACGCCUCAGCCUCCGCCGCAUUCGCCGCCGCGCGGCCCCACCUCGCACAUCUCCUCUCCCACUCCCCCUCCGCUUCCCCGUCCUCCUCCUCCCCUUCGCCGUCCCCGUCCGCGGCCGCCUCAUGCCCCGCGACGGUCUCGGCGCCGCCCGGAGUCCGGCUCGCGAGCGGCGUGGCGGUGGAGCUGCCGUGCGGGAUGGCGGUGGGGUCGCGCGUCACGGUGGUGGCGCGGCCGCGGGCGGCGCGGAGGGAGGGGGGCGGCCCCGUCAUGGUGUCGCAGUUCAUGGUCGAGCUCCUCGGCACCAAGGCGGUGCAGGGGGAGGAGCCGCCCAGGGUGCUGCACUUCAAUCCCAGGAUCCGCGGGGACUUCAGCGGCCGCCCCGUCAUCGAGCUCAACACUUGCUACAGGAUGCAGUGGGCGCAGCCGCAGCGGUGCGAGGGGUUCGCGUCACGGCCGGGCGAGGAUACUGUUGACGGGGAAUUGAAGUGUGAGAAAUGGAUCCGGGAUGAUUACAGCAAGUCAGAAGAGUCAAGGAUGAAAUUGUGGUUGAACCGUUUGAUUGGCAGGCCGAGCAUCGAUUGGCCAUACCCAUUUGCAGAGGGCAAGCAAUUUGUUUUAACAAUAACAGCUGGUCUGGAAGGCUACCAUGUCAAUGUUGAUGGCCGGCAUGUUACAUCGUUCCCUUACCGCACUGGUUACAAUCUGGAGGAUGCAACAGAAUUGUCUUUGAAAGGAGACCUUGAUAUCGAGUCCGUCUUCGCUGAUUAUUUGCCCAAUUCACCUCCUAGUUUUGCUCCACAGAGUUAUCUCGAGAUGUCUGAACAGUGGAAGGCCUCACCCUUGCCAACUGAACCCGUGGAGCUUUUUAUUGGCAUCCUUUCAGCUACUAACCAUUUUGCUGAGCGUAUGGCUGUUCGGAAGUCAUGGAUGAUUUCUACUAGGAGAUCAUCUAAUGUUGUUGCUCGCUUCUUUGUGGCUCUGAAUGGAAAAAAGGAGGUAAAUGAAGAGCUGAAGAAGGAGGCAGAGUACUUUGGGGACAUUGUUAUAGUGCCAUUCAUGGAUCACUAUGACCUUGUUGUUCUGAAAACCAUUGCCAUUGUCGAGUAUGGGGUGAGGGUUGUUCCUGCAAAACACAUAAUGAAAUGCGAUGAUGAUACAUUUGUCAGAAUCGAAUCCGUUUUAGAUCAAGUAAAGAAGGUCCAAAGUGGGAAGAGCAUGUAUGUGGGAAAUAUAAACUACUACCACAGGCCUUUACGAUCGGGGAAAUGGUCUGUGACAUAUGAGGAAUGGCCAGAGGAAGCAUAUCCUCCUUAUGCUAAUGGGCCUGGCUACGUGAUUUCAUCAGAUAUCGCUCAAAACAUUUUAUCCGAGUUUGAUAACAAUGCAUUAAGACUAUUCAAGAUGGAAGAUGUCAAUAUGGGCAUGUGGGUUGAGAAGUUCAAUACUACUCGUCAGCCUGUAGAGUAUUUGCAUGAUGUCAGGUUCUACCAGCCUGGUUGCUUCGACGGUUACUUCACCGCACACUACCAAUCCCCGCAGCACAUGAUUUGCUUGUGGAGAAAGUUGCAAGCAGGAAGCGCUCAAUGCUGCGACGUGAGAUGACAACGGCUAACACAUCCCUGUCCGAACUGCGUGUUUGGGAUCAUCGAGAGGCAACACCAAGGAUGAGUUAAGGCAACACCGUGGACCUUGUUACCAUCUAUUCGUUCAUUCUUUUGGUCAGUAGUUGAUUCAGCUGCUGAAGCUAACACCGGAGAUCCAUGUUCCUAAAACUGUUUUUGUACAUGUCAAAUUUAUUUGACCUCGAUAGGAUAGGAGCCUGAUGGUUUAUGUAACUGUGUUGUAUACCAACUGUUUCUGUAUAUGUCAUAUUCUGAACUUCAGUCGCGUAUAUCAUCUUGUGAGGCCAUGCAACAUUCAAAAUCCGUAUUCGCUGGGACCACGUGGAAGCGAACGAUCUUCCACGAAUGUCCCCGUCAGCUCGUCCCAGUUUCGGGACAUAGAUCAAUAAAGCUGUCGAAAUAAUAACAGAUCAGUAAAGGGAGGAGAGCGAGAUUUCGGGGGGAAGAUUGAUUUGGCAGUCGGCGAUGGCUGGAGCUGCAGCAAGCCACCGAUGUUGGUGGGCGCCCGGUUACUGCCCUCCUCUCUCCAAGGCUGCUCUUUGACGGCGGACGUCAAGACCUGCCGCCAAUGGCGCCGUCAUCAGCGCGCCACUUCUCCUCGGGUACUCCCGGAUCUACAGAUAAGUUACAUUCUCCCGGUCCUUUUAUUAGGUUAUAAUAGAGAUGUUAGGAAUUUCGACGUGCUUAUCUUACGCUUCUUGAUUUUUCGAUUUAAACCUCCUUUCUAUAUUAGUACUUUUUUGUUAUUUCUUAAUAUCUUCGUAUAUAGGAUUGAAUUGGAUAUUAAAGUAGCAUAUGUUCUUGGCAGUUCGGUCUCUGCUAAAAAACAUUGAACCCUUCUUUAUACUUAUAGAAUAACCUUUUUCUUUUUUAGUAAAGCAAGUUAUGUUUUUGUCCAUCAUGAAUUAGCCGCGUUGCAAGCAGGUGUUAGCAACGUGAAUACUGAAUGCAACUACAUAAAGGUAAAGGCAACAUUUAGUAUGUGUCAAACGCCUGUAAUUUGUGUGUUGGAGCAGAAUCCUGUGCAAAUUGCAGAGUUUUGCAGGUGGUUGUUAAUAAACUACUCCCUCUAUUCUUAAAUAUAUGACGUUUAGGAGAAGCUAAUUAGUUCAAAAUAUCAUAUAUUUAAGAACGGAGGGAGUAAAUUAUUCGUGCUUUAUUCUUAUCACUAGAUGGUGUUUUGAUAAGGGUACUCAAGAAGAUUGUGGAUCCAAAUUGCCCCUAUCCUAAGAGAACCAGAGAGUUCUAAGAUUGUGGAUCCAAAUUGUGUAUAAACAGGGAGAGCUGCUCCAACUGCUGCUGCAGAUGCAUGGUGGACCAAGCCCCAGCUCCUCUGACAGUGAGAAGUGUCUUAAGGAGAAGGAACAGCUGAUCCAUUUGCUUCGAGAGUUCCAAGCCAAGACACAAUGCAAAGAAAGCCCAGGAUUUGAUGCAGCGGUGCGUUUCCUGAUCGGAGCCACAUACCUUUUAAUUUUCGCCGCUAUCUUCAUGUUAAUGGUUGAACAAGGAACGCAAGAUGGACAGCUUGCAGCUACCUAGAUUGCAUCAGUCCGAGUUAUGAACUCUAGCGUAUGCAUGAUCGGAGCUUCUUAUUUGCUAUCAUGGAUGCCAGUUCUCUUGUUUUCUUACUAUAGUUUUCUUCACUCUCUGUGUCUGUGCUGUGCAAUCUGUCAACUCUUGUGUACCUUGUUUCCUCUCCUCGAAACGAACUGCCAGUUUGGGUUAGUACCUUGUCGCGUGCAGCGAUAUGUUAAUACACGACGGCUAUGAGAAUUAUUACUA